CCAUAACUCGCUUGAUUGUCGUUUCAACAAGAGAUCAAUAUGUUCUUGAUGAGUAGAAAGGUCUGUGGUGCGGAGGCUACUUGAUAGGUAUGUUGCAGAUCCAGGAUAUAUAUAGUAACUGAUAGCGAGAUUAAUACAGUCAUGUCUAAAAUUUGCAUUGAAUCAAUAUACUAAGAUUGAUCUUUUGAGAAAUGGAAAAAGGUGCUGAUCAGUAUUACCCAUGAACAUGUCUAACCAUUUAUGGAUGCAAAUUUAUAUGUAGAUGGAAUAAUUAAGAAGAACGAAUAUUUGGUGCAUGGUUUGUUAUGUUUCCAGAGCUAAAAUCAGUAUCAAGUCAGAAAAUGGAAAACUGUGUUUAUAAAAGAAUAUGGUGGUAAAAAGCUGUAAUAUGCUAGUUUAGUCAACUGAUUAAAAAAGAUAAGCUUUAGCUGAUGAUCCUUUGCUAAAAUUCCCGUGCAGCAUGCUACAUGGACUAUCAUAAAACUUGGAUAGGCUAUUUUAUUAAGAUUUAAGAAAGACGGAGGUCUGAUUUUUAUAUUUUCAGAUCUUGAAGAUGUACGAUAACUACUCAAGCGGCCAUUGGAAACUCUUGUUGCAUCUUGUUUAAUUGUUUUUGUCUUUAGACUUCAGUGACUGAUGUUUUUCAUUCCGUCUGUUCAUCUGAUACAGGCAGUAAUCUCAUUUGGCGUUAUUCAUCAUCUUCAAGCUGUUGUAAGCAUUUCAGUAUGUAUGAUCUGUUCUGGUGCCCCUUUGAUGUUGACAGACAGCUGCUGGUAACAUGAAUAGGUAGAGAAAAAGUAAUGUAGAAUGGAAAAGUGGGACCUAACAACUAAGACAAUAUAAAAUUAGAAAGAUAAGAAAUGAACAAGAUACGAUGUAAAAUUUUUGGAAUCUCUAAAGACAGUUCGUGGCUAUAAUAAUAAAAAGAAGAGUGGCUCAUUGCACAAAGCUGCUGGCAAUUCGGGGUUUAGGGAGUUUACGUCCUUGCACUUGAUCCAAAUGGAUUCUAAUUACUUAAAGCUCCACCAUAGAAAAAUCAUAGAUUUUUCUGCCUAGCAUGACUUUAAACAUGUGUGGCACUUCAAAUUUUGAAGUAUUUUGAUUACGUAAUGAGUGAGUUCAAAUUUUUAACAAUAUUCCACAGUAUUCCAAGAGUCAAUUAAGACAAGUUGACACUAAGCCUGCCUUUUUCAAAUUACUGUCAUGGAUAUUUGAAUUCUGAAUUCUCACAUGUGUUUAUUUAGGAAAUCAAACAAUUUAAAGUUUUGUCUGACUAAGGAGGCGCUUAUCUGGUCAUCAUUUUACUGUUUAAUUGAGAGGAAUAAUCAUAGUUCUACAUAUCCUUUCCAAUAAGUACCACUUUGAAUUGUUUGGUUUCUUUUCAUGAUCUACAAUCCUUUGUUAUGUAAUAACAAUGGUUUUUUUGCAUACAAUGUCUUUGAGUGAAAUAUUUAAUCAUAUAAAUCCAUUCAUGUAGAAUAAUUUGGCAUAAUUGUUGUUUGAAAAUUAGGUAUACUAAUUAAUUAUUGGUUUUAUAGAAUUGUUCAAACCUUUUUUUAAUGCAUUCUCAGACGAUACAUUUGCAUAAUUAUCCAUUGUAAGAGCUGGUAUGCCAUAUUCUUGCUUUUGGUAAUUUUAUUUUUACUACCAACUGUGAGAUUUGUGACGUGAGAUACCAAGUCGAAUUUAUUUCUGAAAGGUCUGUAAAUUCUUUUAUUUGAUAAAGAGAAACAGAACAAACAGGAAUUGAUGAACAUCAUACUUUAUUGGAUUGGUAAUUAUUUUUUUGUUUAUUGAUUACUAAAUGGUGAUUAUUUCUCCAUUCUACAUUUAGUGUCAUAAAAAAAGAUUUCAUAGGUGCUCAUGUCUGCUGUGCUUCAUUAAAGCGUGCAUCUUGCACAUAGGCUACAUAGGAUCUCAGUGUUCAAUGUGCUUAUAAAAACUUUGGAUUUGAGAGGAUGAGUGCAAUCAAAUUUUAUUUCUAACAAAAGCAGUCAAGUUAAUAAGGUUAAAUGCACAUAAGUAAUUAAUUUUUACUUGCUUCAGAUCAUGUUGAUAUUCAGCUUUCCCCACCUUUUAUUUCCACAAAAACACCAGGGAAGAGGUUUCAUAAUCAUUCUUAGGUUCAUUAUUGCAAAUAUCGGGUUAAUAUUAUCAUCCUUGACAUGUAUUCCAUUAGAUAUUGGAAAAUUUCCUCCUUCCUGGACAUGGUGUGUGGUAAUGAUUUCAGCAAAAGAGGAACCAGAUGCUUCCAUUUCUCCUGCUAUGGAUGGUCUGCUUAGAGUUCAUAAACGGAUAAUUGAUGGUUUAGAUGGGGAAUCUGGUCAUGCUCCAUCAGGUGCUGGUAACACAGCGGCCACAAGAUUGCUUGUGGCAGCUACACAAGCAGGAAGCCUCAUUGGUAAACAGGGAGCAACAAUAAAAUCCAUUCAAGAGGCUUCUAACUCCAUUGUCCGUAUUCUUGAAAAUCUACCUCCUGUUGCUCUGUCAGAUGAUAGAGUUGUUGAGAUACAAGGAGAGCCCACUGGGAUGCAUAAAGCAGUGGAACUAAUUGCAACCCAUUUAAGGAAGUUUCUAGUUGAUCGUAGUGUUCUUCCUUUGUUUGAAAAGCGUGUGUCAUUGCCAAAUAUGCAUUUGGAGCAGAACAUGCCUCCACCUCAACCUUGGGGCCACCCUCCAGGCCUUCCCCCAAGUGCUGGUGGUUCAGCUUAUGGUGGCAAUCCUCAAUUCAUGCCUCCACGAGCCCAUGAUAAUUUUUAUCCUCCACCUGACCUUCCCCCAUUAGAGAAGCAACCGCAUCAAGGAAUUUCCAUGUAUGGACAAAAUGCACCACCAAUGGGUGUCCACUCAGCAAAUCAACAGGCAUCAUCAAUGAUUUCUCAGGUUACACAGCAUAUGCAGAUUCCACUUUCUUAUGCUGAUGCUGUGAUUGGAGAAGCUGGUGCAAAUAUUAGUUAUAUCCGCCGUGCUAGUGGGGCGACCAUAACCAUACAAGAAACAAGGGGGGUCCCUGGAGAGAUGACUGUUGAGAUUACUGGGAGUGCGUCACAAGUUCAAACUGCCCAGCAGUUGAUACAGAAUUUCAUGGCUGCAGCUCCAUCUCCAGCUCCUUCACAGAGCUCAAUGGGUUCCAUGGAUCCAGGUUAUAAUUCUUACCAACCGCAUGGUCCCAUGUACGGAUCUCCUCCAUCGAACACUGGUCCUGUGGCGCACUCUGGAGGAGGAUAUGGUUCAACCUAUGGUGGCAGUUAUGGGUAUUAG